GCUAAUGGCAGCAACAUAUCGUAAAAUAAAAAGUAGAGAUCCGGCCAAAUCGGUACCAAUUGAGAACCCAAUUCGCCCCUAAUGGACUUAGGCUGACAAGUGUUGACCAAGUGACUUUUGCUGGUUUCCAUUAAAGAAAAAUGGGAAGUACAAUCAAAGUAAUUGGAUGUGCUGGAGCUGGCACUCUACUUAUUUUGCUGCUGCCUCUUUGCCUGAUCGAAAAUAACAGUCCGUCAAAUGGUUAUGGUCACUCCAAUGGCUCCGACCCACUGGUCAGUGCUGGUCCCACUCCUCCUCCUCCGCCGCUGGAAGCUGGAAGGGAUGCGAUGUUGCGACUGCACCGCCAGAAGCGCUACCUGCUCUUCCCGGAGGGCUCCUCCUUCCAGCUGGUGUUCGACAUCAUAAUACCCAUCAUAGACUACACCAACUACGCCAUCCUGGGCAUCACCUGCUCCGUGGCCUGGGAGCUGCCCAGUAAGCCGCCCAGCGAGCUGAUUGAAAACGUGCUCACCCGCAUCAACGACGGCACCAUCGGUACUGUCCGGCGGAAUGGCAGCGCCCCCGAUCCGGAACCGAAUCCCCAGUCGGCCCCCUCCCUGCCCCCCAAGGAAACGGACAAUCGAGCCACUGCUAAUUGGCAGGCGGUGCACGCACCGUCAACGAAUCCACCGGCAUAUGCAACCAAUGAGCACGGCUCCCACUCGUACUACACGAAUAUCCAGCGCAACCAGGCCGCUUACCCAUAUGGAACGGUAAAUGCAAAUGCGAAUGCGGAUGCAAAUGCAAAUGCAAAUGGACAGCAGUGGCAGGCGCCGAUGACUGCUAAUUGGGAUGCGCGGCAGUCGCUCGCAAAGUGGAAGGCAAAGGGGGCGGGAGCGGGAGCGGGAACGGACAACUGGUGGACGCGGAACGGACAGCGUGUGCAACAAAACUGGCGCCAAAAGCAACGCAUGUGGGGCCCUUCAAAAUGGGACUAUAGCUACAACCAGAGACCGCGCCAAGUGCUGAAGUCACCACCCAAACAUCAUAUAUAUCCUGUUUUUGCGAAGCGCAGGAGGCGACGAAGUCUGGAGCAGGUUCCCCAUUUCGAGCGGCUUCACCUGCAGCAGCAUCUCAGCUCACGGCAGCUGCUCUUUGGGAAAAUCGAACGUCUUUACAAGUCGCGACGACUAAAUGGCACCUCCUGUGUGCUCCGAGCUCUCUGCGAAUCGGCCCAAAGGCAUCAACGGAUUCGGGGCACAAAUAUGGGCAGACCACAAAGCUUUAUAAUGGAACUGCUCUCGGCUAUCUUCCAACUGCCCAGCAGCGAUGACGUGGACGACCCUUUGGAAUUGGAGUUAAUGAUUUCCCCUCAUUAUCUGGAGGCCCAUCGGCAACAGGGCAACUGUCGGCACCUCUACGGUGAUUGCAAUCAUACAUUUUGGUUGGACUAA